CCACGCCCCCCGAGCGUUCCAGGACUGGCGCGCGGCGUCGGGGGUGGAACCCUCCUCGUGACCUUUCACCCCAGCAUGGCUGCGCCCGUGGGACUGGUGAAGUUCUGGCGACCGGGUACAGAGGGGCCGGGCGUUAGCAUCUCUGAAGAGAGACCGAGUCUUGCCGAGAAUUCUGGGACCACCAUUGUUUACAACCCCUAUGCUGCCCUUUCAAUAGAGCAGCAGAGGCAGAAGCUGCCGGUGUUCAAGCUUAGGAACCACAUUUUGUACUUGAUAGAAAACUACCAGACCGUGGUGAUUGUUGGCGAGACAGGCUGCGGGAAGAGCACGCAGAUCCCGCAGUACCUGGCGGAAGCUGGCUGGACGGCGGAGGGGAGAGUGGUGGGAGUGACCCAGCCUCGGAGAGUGGCCGCUGUCACUGUUGCAGGGAGAGUGGCUGAGGAAAGGGGUGCAGUGCUGGGCCAUGAAGUGGGCUACUGCAUCCGUUUUGACGACUGCACCCACCCGCAGGCUACGAGGAUCAAGUUUCUUACUGAUGGGAUGCUGGUCAGAGAGAUGAUGGUUGACCCACUGUUAACAAAAUACAGUGCCAUCAUGCUGGAUGAAGCUCACGAGAGGACCUUGUACACUGACAUUGCCAUUGGCUUGCUGAAAAAGAUCCAGAAAAAGCGAGGGGAUCUCCGUCUUAUCGUGGCCUCGGCUACUCUGGAUGCAGAGAAAUUUCGAGAUUUCUUUAAUCAGAAUGAAACCAGUGACCCAUCCCGGGAUACGUGUGUGAUCCUGACAGUGGAAGGGCGAACAUUUCCGGUGGAUAUCUUUUAUCUUCAGAGUCCUGUGCCAGAUUACAUCAAAUCGACUGUGGAAACUGUGAUGAAAAUUCAUCAGACUGAGGCGGAUGGAGACAUAUUAGCAUUUCUUACUGGCCAGGAAGAGGUAGAAACUGCCGUGUCUAUGCUGAUGGAGGAGGCUCGGGCACUUGCGCGCACUGGUAUGAAGAAACACCUCCGUGUCCUCCCCAUGUACGCAGGGCUGCCUUCGUUUGAGCAGAUGAAAGUGUUUGAAAGGGUGUCACGCAGUGUCCGGAAGGUGAUUGUGGCCACCAAUGUGGCAGAGACCUCCAUCACCAUCAGCGGCAUCGUGUAUGUGAUCGACUGUGGCUUCAUGAAGCUCCGGGCCUACAAUCCCAGGACAGCGAUUGAGUGCUUAGUGGUGGUGCCGGUGUCCCAGGCCUCAGCCAACCAGCGAGCUGGACGAGGAGGGCGCAACCGCUCAGGAAAGUGUUACCGUCUUUAUACAGAGGAAGCCUUUGACAAGCUGCCCCCGUCCACCGUCCCCGAGAUGCAGCGGAGCAAUCUGGCCCCCGUCAUCCUGCAGCUGAAGGCGCUGGGGAUCGACAACGUCCUCAGGUUCCACUUCAUGUCGCCGCCACCAGCACAGUCGAUGGUGCAAGCUCUGGAGUUACUCUACGCACUGGGAGGUUUGGACAAAGAUUGUCGCCUCACUGAACCACUAGGCCUGAGGAUAGCAGAGUUUCCUUUGAAUCCCAUGUUUGCCAAAAUGCUCCUUGAAUCAGGAAACUUUGGCUGUUCUCAGGAAAUUCUAAGUAUCGCUGCCAUGAUGCAGAUCCAGAAUAUCUUUGUGAUCCCCUCCAACCAGAAAUCUCAGGCCAUUCGAAUGCACCGAAAAUUUGCUGUGGAGGAGGGCGACCAUCUCACCAUGCUCAACGUGUAUGAAGCAUUUAUUAAACACAACAAGAAUUCCCAGUGGUGUCAGGAACACUUCCUGAAUUACAAGGGUCUCAUGAGAGCCGCAACUGUGAGAGAGCAAUUGAAGAAGCUUCUGGCAAAGUUUCAGGUGCCCAAGACAUCUAGCAAAGGUGACCCUGACCCGGUGCUGAGGUGCAUCGUCUCGGGAUUCUUUGCCAACGCAGCCAGGUUCCAUUCUACUGGGGCUUACAGGACCAUCCGCGACGACCACGAGCUGCACAUCCACCCAGCGUCGGUCCUCUACGCGGAGAAGCCGCCCCGCUGGGUCCUCUACAAUGAAGUCGUACAGACCUCCAAGUAUUACAUGAGGGACGUGACUGCCAUUGAGUCUGCGUGGCUGCUGGAGCUGGCUCCACACUUCUACCAGCAAGGAACGCACCUGUCUCUGAAAGCCAAGAAGGCCAAGGUCCAGGACCAGUGAACAGAGCUCAGCAACAGACUCCGGGACUACUGGCUGCAGUCCCCUGCCCCACGCAGGAGCUGGCCCUGGACCGCCCGGGACCUGCAGCUGCUCUGCAGUGGGCCAUGGCCUUCUGUGAACUCCUUCCUGCCUGCCCACCUCAGACUCGUACUCCUUGCCGGCAUUCUGGAGGAGUCUGUGCAUGGGCAGGUGUCCCACGCUAGCACAUCCUCAGCCUGCUCACGGCCUCCGUGUGGCCCC